GACGAGGUAAAAAAAGGGUUGAGGAGAAGAUGGUAGUGGAAAAAAGGGAGAAAAUUAUUGAAUAUACUCCUAUGGGUGAAGAGUUGCACUUGCUUGAGGGUGGCAUGGUGGCAGUGGUGAGAUCGCUGGCUUUGAUAUAUGAGAUUCAGGAACGUAUUGAUGUAGACGGAGGCUCAAUCUCGUUAUCACCAAUUGGGGGAAGACGAGUCACCAGAGGAGACAAGUUGAAUGGUCUAGUUGCGUAUAUCGGGAGUGCCAUUAAAGGCAUGGGGAAAGAGAAUGAGGAGCCUGAAUUGGAUAUGGACAUGAUUUGUGACGGCGAUGAUGUGAGUUCUGAUUCAGAGCAAUUAAUGAAGGAUAUGGAUUUAAAUUCGAAUUUGAAUAGUGUAACGGGAAAAGAAAGUUGUAAUCAAAUUGAAACAGGGAGGGAAUUUGAAAGGGAUGAAAGUUAUGGGCUGGCUAAGGAACUUGGGCUUCAAAGGAUGAGUCCUAUUGGGCCAGAAAAAAGAAGUGGGCUAGUUAAAAGUAAGGACCAUGGACGGACAAAGGAAAUGAGCAUGGAAGGGCCUAGAUUAAAUGCUCAAAAUCCAGAAGCUGCAUCGGUAUCGCAAAAAUUAGAAAAAAGAACAUCAGUGAGCAAAAAGCAACGACCUCUCCAAGACUGUUAUCCAGAAAGCAUGGAGGAGAUCUGGGCGAAAGGGACACCGUUGGAAACAAAGUUAGAGAGGAUGGAUGUGGGUAUUUGUAACCAUUUAUGUAAUUUUGAUGAGUUUGACUGGGUUGUGAAGGGCUCUUCUAGAGCCUCAGGGGGACUGCUAUGUAUAUGGGAUAGGCGACAUUUUGUUAAGAGGGAAGAGUUUACCGGUGAUGGGUAUGUGGGAAUAUCAGGGGAAUGGGGAGUUAAUAAGCAACAGUGUUGUCUAAUAAAUGUGUAUGGCCCAAAUGAUAAACAGAAAAGGGCUAAGUUGUGGGAGGAGUUGAGGAAAAUGGUGAUUGACAAGGAAGGGCGGUGGUUGAUCGUAGGGGAUUUUAAGGCUGUUAGAGGUCCUGAGGAGAGGCGAGGAAAAACAAGGGUGAGUUCAGAUAUGAGGGACUUUGAGGAGUUCAUUGUGACAACAGGUUUGGUGGAUGUUAAAUUGACGAAUAGACAUUAUACAUGGUAUAAGCUAGAUGGAACAACAAGGAGCAGAUUGGAUAGAUUCUUGUUGAGUACUGAGAUGAGUAAUAUGGGAGGAGAGUGGAUACAAUAGGGAUUGCCAAGGAAUGUUUCUGAUCAUUGUGUUAUGGUUUUGAAGUCCAAAACAAUAGAUUGGGGACCAAGGCCUUUUCGAGUUUUAGAUGCAUGGCAACAACAUCCAGAAUUCAAGAAGGUUGUAGAAGCUAAGUGGAGAGAGAUGGUAGUGGAGGGGUUUGCAGGGUAUAAAUGUCAACAAAAGUU